ACGUUGGCCAGAGUCAUCGUAACUCCAUCGUCGUCAGUCAGUCUACCUGAAAUGAUUGUUCGCUCCGCAGGCGGGUGGAAAGUGUGUCGGUCGACUUGUCGGAUGCGUUCGCUGAGAGAUCGAGGAGGGAGAAAAAUAAAACAGGUGUUUCAGAUAUGUUUUCAUUUGUAAUGCUUGAAGAAAAUCUGGAUUUAUGAAUGAGAAUUCAUUGAAAUUUUCAUUUUGUGAAGGGACACUCUUUGAAACAGGACUGCACCAUUUAUGAAGGAGGCUGUUUUAUAACAACAGCUAUGUAUUACCGGAGAAAGUGGAGACUUGAAGCACAUGACUUAUUUUGCAUUGUGUUAUGACAAUUGGCUUUACUGGAUGGACAUUAGUUUAUAAUGCCUACCUUAUAUUCUUGCUGUUAAUGCCAAACCCUCUGCCAGAAUUGCACUAUCCUUCACGGGAAUGAUUGUCUGGCUGUUGGUGUCUGUAGUUCAAGUGUAAGUUAUGGCACAGUCUUCAGAAGAUAUUCAGAAUAACAACUUUCAGUUGGGCCCCUCAUACCCCAUUACUGAUAACUCUGUUACAUCUAUUGGUGUUCUUGGAGGCAGUGACAAUGUCACAUCAAACUUUCCUGGAAGUUCAUCUGUUUUAGCCCAGUUUGUUGCCAGGAACAUUGGAAACUUGGGGGAAGAAAGCUCUCCCUCUAGUAUUGGAAGCAUCACCUAUAAUGAUGAAUACCUAGAGGAUCCAUUUCCAGAUUUGACUCUGGAAAAUCUUCAGAUACCUAAGGAGUAUGUGGAUCCAUCACUAGGAUAUGUGUUUGUGAAUAACCAUGAGGACAAUCAGCAGGGCUUUUUAGAUAACUCACAGGCCCUCUUACAGCAGUUAGAGGAACUUGGAGUAAGAGUGAAUGAUGAUUAUUACUCAUUAGAUUUUGAGGUUAACACUACUUCAAGUGUUGAUAGCAUUGUCAGCACUACUUCUGAAACUACGGAUGUUUCUCCACCACAUGACAGUGGUGAAAAAAGACUUGAUGUUUGUGCUGAAAAACAAGAUGAAAAGGAUUCCUCUUCUAGUAGUUCGAGUCCAGCAAAAGACACUAAUUUUGUAAAGUGUGUUUCACCUAGUGGUAUUUCAGACUCAGUUUCAGAAAAGGAACAUAAUUUAGAAAAACUUAUUAAACUUGUUGAAGAAGGUGAAAGUGAAGAUGAGUUUAGCAUUGACAUUGAAGAUUUGGAUCAUGAAGUAGCUGAAGCAGAAAUUUUGCCCACUGGUGGAGUGAAGGUGACAUAUGACAAUUACAAGAAAAAUUACCGCCCCCGCAUAAGUUCGCACCAGAAUUUUCUUAGGUAUUUGGAGUUAGUGCAUGAUCGAAGUGAAGAAGCAGCAAAGGGGGAAACGAAACCUCAACUUCCUCGGGAUGGGAAGCACAGCUUUGAGUUAUACAAAAGGAUUUUAACUUCUGUUCAGAAAAAAUUUAAGCUUCAGGAAAAAGUUACCAACCUAUCAGCUCUACAGAAUAAAUAUUCCAAGAAGUUAAUGAAACUUAUAGCUGAAGAGAUGACUUAUGAUACAAUGACUCCAGACAGUGGGGUCCAUGAGAACUUCACUAAUCUCAGUGCAGAGGAACAGGAGAAACAGCGUGAGGAGUGGAAAGCUGAAUUAGCCAAGACUGAGGAAGAGAUUCAGACACUUCGUCAGGUCUUAGGUUCAAAAGUUAAACAUGCCCAGGAUUUGAAGCGUAGAUUGGGAAUAACUGUUUGGCGAGAAUUCACAGAAGAUUUUAACCAAUCCAUGAAGACCGUUCGUGAAUCUCAAACCACUCAAUAUGUCCAAAGCUUACAAGUAGUACAGAAGGCCAACGAGGUUAUCACAGAAUUCCAUGAAGCUGUGUCUGCGGCACCAUUGUAUAGGAAGAUGUCUGGAGCAUUUGUGGAACUAGGAGAAGCCAUAUAUCAGCAACCAGUGUAUCAAAAAACAGCCGGUGCAAUUGGUGCCGUAGGUGAGAAGACUUCCUCACUGUUCGGUGGCAUUGGUGCCAAAUUCGGCCAGUUGAAGGAGACUCCCACGUUCAAAUCCUUCGAAGAGCGUGUAGGUGGUGUCUACAGCGCCGCCAGGACUCGUAUGGGUGGUUCUGGUUCCAACUCUACGCAGGACUUCGAGGAAGCUUUAAAGGAAGCUGAGGGAGAAAAGGCAGCUGCCAAUGGUGGCACAGUGCCUACUUCGACCACUCCUGGAACUGAAGUCAGCCAGCCAGCUGCUUCUUAAACCCUUUCGUGCACCGUUCACUGCCACCAUACCACUUGCACUUUGCCACUCUCACAGCACCCCAUCACCAAAGUUACUAUGUUGAUAGAGAAGAGAAUGAUGAGAAUUAAAAAAAUAUACAUCUGACUAAAGUGGCUCCUCUAGUCAGUCCAUGGUUUGACUUCAAAAGUUUUUGCCUCUAGUUCAUAUGUGUAAUAUGUUCAAAGGUAAGUCUAAUAUAAUAAUAAUAAUAAUAAUGAUAAUACAGGAAUAGCAUUUGUGAAUCUUGUUGAUAUUGUAAUAUUAAUUUAGUGUUCCAUUAAAAGUAAUUGUGGAUGUCCAUUAGGCAGCAAAUGGUAAUCAUCUCUUUAACAGAAGUUUGGAGUCCUUACAUCUUCUUAGAGAAAACACCUUAGGCAUUAUAAGAAUAAGCUUUGAGAGAUUAGGGCAUGAUUAUUUUCUAUAAAAGCAGCUUCAUGAGAAUAGAGCAUAAUUAUUUUUGGGCGUAGGUCUUUAGUAUAUAUUCAUAAGAGGACAAUAUCAUUUUCCCUCUUGUUAUUUUGACCUUAGUCAAGUUAGGAACAGAUUGGGUAGUUAUGGUUCCAUAACUGCCAGUUUGUUCUUAACAAGUGAUAGAAUGCUCUACAGACUUUACAACAAUGUUUUGAAGAGUAAUUUUGUGUUGGAUCAUCUUGGAAAAAUAACUGAAAGCCUACAGCAUACUGUAAAAGAACAAUAAAUUAUUUGUUAUAGUUUGCUUCCAAUAUAAACCUGGUUUAGCCUCUUAAGUUCAAAGCUUCAUGAAAAACUUAAGGUUUAUGUUCCUGCAGUUUUCAAUGUAUCAUCAGCAUUGUGGUGCAUUCUUUGUGUGAUUACAAGUGUAGCUAGCUUAGGUACUCAUUAUUCAUAGGCUUAUUUGUAUGAUCCCGUAUAACAAAAAUUAUGAAAGCUGUUAAAUCAUGGUUGAUACAUUUCAAGAAUAAAAAAUAAAGUGAGAUGCUGGGCUUCACACCAUUACUGCAAGCAAGUUUACUUUAGAAUGUUGUAUGUUGUUCAUAUCAUAGGUUAUUACUAAUUGAAGAUAUGUGAUGAUGAAUGAUAUGCCCUUGAAUCUCCAGUGGUGUUAAUUAUUCUCUUUCUUAUGAUUAGGUGGUGUGAAUAUUCCUUUAUAUUUUCUUGAGAGUACUUUUAGUGAAGGUAUAUUUAGUAUAUUUAGAGGGAUAUAGGUGCAUUAUGCUGUUUUUGUAUACAAAAAGUUUUAAUCUCUUAGGAAUAUCUUAUGUUUCAUAACUGUAUUUGUAAAUCAGGAUUUAGAUGAGGGGUUUUGCUGCAAUAGGAACUUAAGUGUUAAGAAACGAUCUGGAGAUGGGGUGUCUCUUCCUCUCAUGGUCUUGUGAAGUGAUGGGAAUUUGAAUCUCCUCCUUUUCUACAGAGGGAAACAGUUCCUAUGACUAGACAUGUCCAAUUCAAUCUGUAUGGCUAUGAAGAAUCAUAGUACAUUACCCUUCCAGUGUAUAUAGAGGAAAUAGUUUUUUUUUUUGUCCCACAUGGCAUUGCAUGUUCAUAGGGGACAGAUUAUCAGCUUGAGGAUAAAAUGGGUUUUAUCAUUUUUUUGAUGGAAAACAAAAUCUUUGUAGUUUAUUCUCCCUCAUCCCCUUACAUCAAUUUAAUGAUUGAACUGUACCCAAAGUUAUGAUAAUGUGACAUUCCCAGGAUAGUCUAUAGGUAACACUCCAGGUUUGCAUGUACACAUUCAUAGGUUUAUAAACUAUGCUUAGGAAAUAGUGCAGUACAACAAUGUAAGUUCACUUGGAUUUUUAUUCUCUGAUUCCUCUGUUAAACAAUGCUUGUUGCUUGUAAGACUGAAGUUUACAUGCUAGGUUUGUACUUAUAUAACAGUAUUAGAACUUUGAAAUAUUGUAUAGUUAUGUAAUGAACAUUGAUUCGGCCAUUGUUUUUGCAAUGAUAAGUUUUAAACUCUAUUAUUUAUAGGUGUCAAUUGACCUGGAGUUGUACCCUAUAAAAUGCAUAUUGAAUUAGGGGAACAUAAAGAUGGUUGUUGUUUUUGCUGUUGUAUUCCAAGUUAUUUGAAAUGUAGUUACAACAUGAA